GGGCAGUCGUAGAUCACCCACGAGGUUCGUGACCAUACCGCCCCCCCCGUACCGUUACGGUCACUCCCUCUUCCGUCCCUUUCGCUGGUCCUCCUCAGGCCUCAGUCCCCACCCGUGACUCUGGUGACUCCUCGAACGACUUACUCCCCCCCGUCUACUUCCCCAUCUUUAACACCUCCUCCUCUCCUGAUCCAUCAUCUACCCAUUCCUCUUUCCUUCGUUCCUCCCCUUCGCUCUACCCUUCUCCUUCUUCACUUCUCCGUUACUCCCUCAUCUACUCUACAUCGCCCGACGCCUCCCAAUCUCCUUUCUUCACCCUCUCUCACUCCGCUUUCCCCGGACCGGCGGCACUCUUCCCAUUGCGAUCAUCACCUUUCCAACGUAUCGCUGCGGACUCAUUCUCCAAGAGUGCUUCUCCCGCUCCGUCCUCCUCCUCUCCUCCUCAACUCCUCGAUUCUACACGUUUCUCUUUGCCUUGCCCAGAGAUCCACCGAGUCCUAGUUGACUCAUAGUUCCAAGCGGUCAUACCGGCUCCACCCGUGAUUGACGUCGAGCUUUACUUGGACACCCGCCUAUUUCUUGUCGUCUUCGUCCCGCCAAUCCAUCACGAAAGACAAAACACAUUUUCGUUUCUGCUUGCCAAUCUUCGCUAUACCUGCCUGCGAGCAUUGCUACCUGAGCGAUCCGGGAGUGAUAUCGACUACUGCGGGAACCUGGCUUUGAAGCACUCCGACUCUUCCGACCCCUGGAUUUGAAAGGUGCUCCUCCAGGAUCCCAACAACCUCCCACCUCGAUUCGAGAAUCAAGCGAUUCUUGAAUCCAGUUUGACGAAUUCCCCCAUCUCGUCUCAUCCUCGCUCUUCUGCCAACCGGUCUACUUCAUGACUCAUUAAUCCCGCCAAUUUAUAUUUGAGUCACGGCCGUUCUCGACCUUGAACCCGGUGUUCACAGGCUUCUUUACGUCUCUUCUUUGAUUUAUUUUUGAAACAACUCUUUUGUCACGAUCUUACGCAGCGCAAAUCUCUCGUCCUUUUUCCCUCCAACAUUCGUCCCUCAUCAGGCCGACACUCAACCUCAACAACUCUCCAUUCAUUCGAAGCUUCCUUUUUGUUUAUCGCACUCAACCAGGCUCUACGCCAUUUCCCAAUCACAACGAAAAACAAAAACGACACCAAUCCAAUGAGCACAUAACGGUCUUUACACAUUUUCAUUAAGCGUCCAUACAACCCUGUCGGGUCUCUUGUUGCCGCAAUCUUCUCGCGCCCUCGUCAUCCUUUUUUCUUUUUCCUGUCUAUCACCUUGACCUUCUGCCGAUAUAUUUUUACGAAACCUUCACCCGACCAGGAGCCUUCGCCCACUCUGCUCUCUGAUCCCCCCUAUAUUCACCGUUCUUGGUGGUCCCCAUUUCUCGUUCGGAUAUAGGCCUGAUCGUUUACUCUUUUCUUGUCGACUAUUAAUCACCAUCACCCCCAUUAUUAGCCUGGUUGCUGUUUGACGUCACUUCAAGUGCAAACUGUUUUUGAAGCGGUUCAUAGAUUGUUUCCGAUCUUCGUCGUUUGGAGCUCUUGACUCAGUUUAUUCUCGUCCAUCUUUGCAUCUCUCCUUCGCCUCUAUCCGCCAUUCCGCUUCCCUUUUUCUUCCAUCCGGGAACUCACACAUCACAUCAUCAUGUCCACAUCAACCACCAUGGAGUGCCUCAAGGACAACUUCGUCAAGGGUCGCCUUUUGGAUGGGCGUUUCCGGACGGUGGCCCCGCUCAACCAUGGAUCCUUUGGCAUGGUGUUCCUCGCAACCGACAUCACUACUGGUAAUGACGUUGCCAUCAAGUGCCUGACCAAGUCGGCAUCCACCGACGCGUCCGGUCUGGAAGAUCGGUUUGAGGAGUUGGAGUGCCACCAGCGCUUCGGCUUCCACUCAAACUUGGUCAACCUGAUUCAUAACUUUGAGACGGAACACCACACAUAUCUCGUCCUGGAAUACUGUGCCAACGGUGAUCUCUACGAAGCUAUUCGCCUGAACCGAGGCCCCUUGGAGACCGAGCACGUCCGUGACUUCAUGCUCCAGUUGAUCAGUGCUAUCGAGUUUAUGCAUGCCAAUGGUAUCUACCAUCGUGACAUCAAGCCGGAGAACAUCUUUUUGACCCACGAUGGUGAUAUGAAGCUUGGUGAUUUUGGCCUUGCUACUCGAGAGCCCUGGUGCCAUGAAGCCUGCGUUGGCAGCGACCGUUACAUGGCUCCUGAGCAGUAUGAGCCCGGCACUUCCGGCUACUCCCCUGCUCAGGCUGACAUCUGGUCUGUGGGUAUCUGUCUGUUGAACAUUCUGUUUGCUCGCAACCCCUUCGUUACCCCUACCGAGUCCGAUGUGCUUUUCGCAGAUUAUGUCCGUGACCGCCAGUCAUUGUUUGACAUUUUCCCCAACAUGUCUCAGGAUACCUUUGAGAUCCUGACUCACUGUUUGGCCAUUGACCCUACCAAGCGCUCGUUGGCCGAGGUCCGCCAGUGCAUCUUGCGCGCAAUCUCCUUCACUACUGAUGAUGAGUCACUGGAUGAGUUCUGUACCGAGGACCGUGAGGUGGUUACUGCCACCGUCAACCGCGAGCCUCUUCGCACUCCCUCCAUCCAGAGCCCCCAUAUCAACCAGGGCGAUUCUUUCCCUUGGGCCAAGGCCUUGCAGUCCAGCCCUCCUCAAGCCAUUCGCCAGCUGUCUGUUAUCCCGGACAACGAGAGCUAUACCGAGGAUCUGUUCCCUCCCUCGGAGGUGGCCGGUACCUCGUGGUUCUCCGUCCAUGCAGACACCUCGUCGUUGUCUUCCAUGCUGGACUCUACCAUGGGCGAAUCCUUCCGCUCACUUCACAUCGGCCGAAAGUACGAAUCUCCCAAGCUUCCUCGCUCGGAUCCAGUCCCUAUCACCGGAUCCCUUCCCAGCCAUGCUCACAAGCCCCUUCCAUCCUUGUCGAUGGUGUUUGGUAAGCAUGCGAACGAUCAGAUUUCCAAGAGCUGGAGUGAUCUCUGGGACGAGGAAGAAUCGGAGAAUGAAGAAUCUGCGCUCCAGAUGCGCCGUGAGCAGAACUCUCGCAGCUGGAGCCAGGAAAGCCAGACUACCCCCCUGCCGGAUUCUCUGGCGGGAUUGCGCGAGCCGGACUCCGCUUCCCCUAUUGAUCAAGAUCAUAUCUCGGAUAUUCAGUCGACCGCACCCCGUGCCAUCCGUGCCAAUUCCCUCGAUGUCGACAGCGACACCGGGACUUCCAGCAGCACGCCUCGCCCGUUCCACCAGCCGUCGUCGCCUCCCAAGAAGGCCUCACCCAACGUUGAUAAGUGGGCUGAAUUGGGAGACAAGCGCCGCAACUUCAAGACCCGCGACCUCUUUGGUCCCUCGAGAACUGCUAACAAUUGGCGCCGUGAUUGGGGGCUUGGGUCUUCCGGAUUCGAUCAGGGAUCCCGGACCAAGCGCGAGUCUCCACAGUCCGAGCGUCGCCGUCGUUUGUUCCUUGAAAAGGACUGGCGUCGUGAGGGCGGUGAUGCUCACAAGCAUUCCCCCCAUCAUUCGCCCUUGAAGCAUGUGACCUACGAUGGCAGUAUCGACGAAGACCUCGAUCUUGUGGGCGGAUGGCACGACCUCCACCUGUAGCACUACUUUUACGCCACUUCCGUGAACCAUGUUCGAUUCUAUGUUCAACCAUUACACCCAUGGUGUUCUUUUCUUCUCGCAGUCGUUGCGAUUGUCCUUUUUGCGCUUCUUUUUCGAAACUGAGCUGGGAAAAAAAAGUUCAAAAAUCCUCACAACCAUAAACUAAUUACGGUUAUUCCUGUGUUUCUUUUCUCAUCCUUUUGUCUUUCUUGUUCUUCGAUUUUGGACCGUUUGCCGAUGCCUUCUUCGCCUGCUCUCAAACCUUGGCCGUGUCCCUAUGGAACACGUCAUGUGCCUGCUCGCAGCCUGCCUUUUUCUUAUUCACUUCUUCAACAUCUUCAACCUUGUACUAUAUGUGGCUGUGGGCAGCAGAGCUAUGAGGCAGAAGGUAUCGAGCACCAAAAAGACUAGAAGGCGGAGGGAAAAUGUCCUUGGGGAAGGUGUUCUUUUUCUAUUAUGCCUCUCUUCUCUAUUUUUCUCUAUUUUUCUUGAUCAUUCUAUUUAUCACUCUUUUGCAUAUGGACUUAUAACGACUCGGGACAGAAAAGAGCAUGUGGAUGUCUUGGAUGGAGAUGGGAUUCGGAUUGGGGAUCCGCGAGGUGGAAGGUGGAUUACCGCAUUCUCCGGCGUGCGCUUUUCCUCUUUGACAGUGUACUGAACCCUGAUUAUGUGUAUGUAACUCGCUUUGUGGGACCGUCAAAAGGAAAAAUUGAACCAUCCGUGAAAGAAAGAACUUUGUGUCUAUUGUAAACGCUUGUAAACUCUUUUUAGCUAGAAGGAAAACCUCGAAUGCAGUCCUGAUGCAUGAACGUCCCCGUUGGGCCUAAUGUUUCCGGCUGGAAGUCUAGUGGGCACGGG